GCCGGCACAGGUGGAAGCUCAGUUGUCGAUCGACACGUGACCAACUUCCACCACCAUCUCACCAGUCCCGACAGAAAAACUUAAAAGUUCGGACACAAAUUUCACGUUUCUUUUUUUUGUUGUUGUUUAGUUUGUUAAAUUCCUACGAAACGAAAUACGACAGAGAGAAGGAAGGCACACGCGCAAAAUCAACAAAACUCUUCGCAAAAGACCCAGCACAGGGUCGAUGGCCAGGGGUUUUUCAUUGAAUUACUUCAAUUGCCGUGAGUGAAUGUUGUGUGCUUAGUGUCGGUGAAAUAUCAAAGACUUUCUUCUUAUUAUUUAUUUAUUUUUUCUCCAAACGUCGCCCAAUUUUUUCGAUUUAAGAAAAAAAUUCGUACAAAAAAAAAAAAAAACGAGGGGCCGAUCGUCUUGAAGUCGUUAAAAACGGGAGGAAGAAAUGGAUCAUUUGACACUGUCGUCCAAAUCAUCGUCGCUUUAAUUAUCCCCUCGUCCGGUGAGUGUCAAGUGCUGAGUGCAGCUGUGCCUGUGUUUGUGCUGUACGGUCUGUCAAAUGGACCCGUCCACUUCAUAAUCGACAUUUCAAUCCGCAAUUUGUUGUCUUCUUCUCUUUGGCCAGUGUCCCAACUGUUUCUUUCUUGUUUUGUUUCAAACAAUUCAACAACAAAAAAGAAAAUCAAAAUCCAAUUAGGAAAAGAAAAAAUUAGAAGAAGCCAGAAAAAAAAAAAAAUUCCAAAAAAACGGACACUGUCAGAACAUCGACGGAAGGAAAACGUGAGGCGACAUGAAGUGGAUGAUGGCGGCAGGACAGCAGCGGCUGUUGUUGCUGUUGGCUGUGCUGGUUGUCGGCUGGUCGGUGCCCCAAUGCGCGGCCGCUAAACGGGGCAACGCAACCGGAGCUGCAACAUCAUCGCAUCGGCCAAGAGCAGCGACUACGAAAACGACGACGACGACAACAUCGACGACAACGACACCCUCCACCAUUACACCCGAUGAUUGGAGGGAUCCCUACGUCUACAGCCUGUUUGAAAUCACUCUGUCUGCCAUCGAUUCGAAAUUGCGACGGGUGGACAGCCUGGAACGCAACAUGGAAAUGAUGCUGGCCAAAUUGAACGAAAACAGCGCCCGCUCCGACGCCAUUUUGACUCAAUUAAAAGUCAUGGACGGCCGUUUGAACAAAUUGGCGUCGACGUCGGCCUCAGCAGCGCCAGCACCGACGGGUGGCCGCAGCAGUGGCGCUGCUGCAGCCAACGCAACGACCACAUCGGGCUCGGAUCGCACGCAAUCCGAUCGCGAGUACAGCCUGGAGCCACGCAUUUUGGCGCUGGACGAAAAGGUCAGCCAGAUCGGCUCCAAACUGAACGUGCUCACCUACCAGCUGGACUCCAACAGCCUUCUGUGGGCCGGCCUGGCCAACUACAACGAGACGGGCAGGGCUGGAACGGCGUCCGACGAUUACGUGUCGUCGAGCAGCGAGCAGGCGCGCGCCUACAUUUCGCUGCCUCAAAUACGCGCCGAUAAAUUGAUUGACCGCAGGGGAUCCGAUUGGAGCGCCAACGGCGAGGAGACGGAAUCCAUCCGCACGACAAUGGCCAGCAUGGACCGGCACCUCAAAAUUUUGAUUGAGCUCUUCUCAGAGCAGAUGGACAAGAUGAUGGGCGCCGUUGCCGACGUGCGCAGCGCCGUCGUCACGUCCCAUCACGAUCCGUCAUCCGCAUCAUCACUCCUGCUGACAGCGGCCGAAAAUCCCGUCCUACUGGCCAGCGGCCGCCCUCCCACCAGCGUCGGCGCAGUCAGCAGCGCCAAACUGGACCAACUCUACCAGAAAAUGGCGCCGCUGCUCGACGUCUCCGACAAAAUGGACCAGGUCUGGAACGUUCUGAUCGAAGCGAAAAAUACCGUCGACUCGUUGGUGCCCACAUCAGAGGCCCUCUUGUGGCAGACGCAGCGUCAGGAAAGGGCGCUGACCGACAUCCACGCCGAAGUCAACAUCAAAACGAAGCAAAUCAUCGACAAUUUGAAUUUGCUGCAAUUGGCGCGAGAUCCGCAAACACCGUUGGCAGGUGUCUCCAGCAGCACGACCAGCACGAGCACGACGAGCACGAGCAGCACGAGCAGCAGAAGCACCGCUGCGGGCGCUGCGGGCGCCACCAGCAAUUUGACCAAACGAUCGAAAAGCGACGUGCACGACGCCGGCGUCAUCCUGGCCAACAAACCGCAAGAAUCGCAACAAGUGUCCGUCACUUUCAAGCAGACGUCGGACAUUCCGACUAGCCGCGGGGUUGUCGGAGGGUCACAGUCCGUCAUCCGCGCCCAGGAACUCUCUCCUGGGCCGGUCGUAGCCGCCGUUCUGGCCGCAGCCAAAUCUUCCACCACAACGACAUCGACGACGACGCCCUUGCCUCAUUUACUUCCUCCACCGCCAGAGGUUGUUCCCAUUCCAUCGGAUAUUAUGGACAGCGAGUUUUUGCACGACGAUCCCAUCGUCGUUUUAACGGCCAAUCAAACAUCGGCCGGACCGUCGUCUAACGGCGGAUCUGCUAAGUCGGGCGACAAUAAAAAAGCCUUGUCGCUUCAACCAUCGACAGCGUCCGUCUCGGCUGCCGCGGCGGCCGUCAUAGCCGCCGCAGCCACGGCCAAUACAUCGACGACGACCAGCAGGUCCGUCUUGCUGCAGCACAUCGUUCCGGCCGGCCCUACCGAGCGUUCUCGCAUCCCAAACAAUUCAAACGUCAUUUUCCCGUCGGUGAAGAACAAACCGGGUUUCACCAACACCACGUUCUUCUACGAUUACACGACUCCGCAAAACAUUCGGGGCUACUCUUGUGCUGAAUUGAAAGAGCAAGGACUGACCAAAUCGGGCAUCUAUUAUCUACUCAUCCGCGGCACAAGUUUCUGGUACAUCAAGGUCUACUGCGACAUGGAAGAAGCCAAUGGUGGAUGGACGGUAAUUCAAAGAAGGGACGACUAUGGCGGAGACAACCGGGAGAAUUUCAACCGAGACUGGGACGAUUACAAGAGCGGCUUCGGCGAUCCGGAUCACGAAUUCUGGCUGGGCAAUGAAAACAUUUACAUGCUGACAAACGCUGAAGAUUAUUCAUUGCGAGUUGAACUCGAAGAUUUCGAAGGCAACAAAAGGUACGCCGAAUAUUCGAGUUUCAAAUUAUACUCGGAGAGGGAACAAUACAAACUGGAGAUUGGCGGCUAUACGGGCAACGCUGGAGACUCGCUCAACGAUCCUUGGUACGGUUCCAAUUUGAGUCCGUUCUCUACGUAUAAUCGGGACAACGACCGAUCUAGCCUCAACUGCGCCUCUAUGCUGAAAGGUGGAUGGUGGUGGAAAUCGUGCGGAAGAGGACUCAACGGCAUCUACCUGACCGACCCUCAAGAUCUUACAGCCAGACAAGGGAUCGUGUGGUUCCGCUGGCGCGGUUGGGAUUAUACUCUCAAACGGGCUACGAUGAUGAUCCGACCGCGACAUUAUGGCAAAGAACCGUCGAUCAACAACCCUCAAGAGAAAACAGCUUCGGCAUAGUUACACACAACUAUGUUGGUUUAAAAUCCCUAUCCAUUCUCCAACUUCUCAACGUGAAAUUACAGUAAACAACAAAAAAAACGAAAAAAAAUUUACCACACCCAUCAAAAGGCAAACAGUCAUUUUGGUCGAUCGAUAAACCAAAACCUCCCCCCCCCCCCUUCACAGCUGCAGUAUUAGAAUUUUUUUAGCCACUCCGCAAUGAUCAAGUCAUGAUCACACCAAAACAAAUUCCGUUUCUCAAGUAAUAGCACUACCCCCUGCCCUGUUUGAGCCACUGUUUGAGAGGAGGUGGCUAACUCGUUCAACACAUCGAGGCUAAAGUUUUAAAAAACAAAAAUCCAGAAAAGAAAAGAAAAAAAAAACACACCAAAAAAAAAUGGAAAAUUUCCGUACAUAUAAUUACAUACACAACAUGUCCAGAAUGGACAGUAACGCUCGCUCUGGAGGAACUUAUCGUGUAAAUACCUAUUAUUUUAAAAUAAUAUUUUUCUCCGCCCCUUUCUCCUUUACUGCCCAAACACCGAAAGAAACAAACAAAAAUGUUGUACACCCUACCCCGAACACACACUGCCCUCCAACUUGCAGUAUAGAGAACUACCCAAGAGAUUUGAAUUUUUUUUUUCAUCAAGUUUUUUUUUUUCUUCUCUCAAAGUGAAAGAAAAACUCCCAUCUCUGAAACAAGAUGAUAAUUAUUACUUUUGAAUGCUGUCAACGACACACACCCCACCCCUCUCUGUCUCUCUGAUUGUCAAUUUCUCUUUUUAUUUUUCGUUUUGAUCGAGAUUUUAAAAAAUUCGGUUUCACUUUUUUCUCGUCUUCGAUAGUAUGAAAAAGCCAUGUAAACGAGGUCUCUAUCUCUGUCUGUUUUUUUAAUUCUUCCGUUUUACUUUUUCUUGUGAACCAAAAAGAAAAAAAAAGAAAAAAAAAUCCUGUAGCUGUUAGUCCCCAUGGUGAGGAGGUUUGCAAAGUGUCAUCAACACUCGUGCAGUUUUCUUGCGUCCACAUUCUCAUUAUCUUUAUCUGUUUCUCCCAUUUUUUCUUUCUCCUAUCUCUCCCCCUAUACCAAACGGGUGUUUGAAAUCACGUGCUGGGCACUUUUUUUUGUGGAAUCUUCCAGUUGAUAUAUAAUAAACAUUAUAAUCUCUCCAAA